GCAAUAGCUCUCUUGCAGCCGAGAAGUUGGAGCUAGUGGAAUCGAAUUAAGAAAGUAGAGUAUCUCCAACAAGGGGUAAAGGAUUACAAAAUGACCACAAAGAGUGUCUACCGCAGGAUGUUUGUCGAGCGACCAGUUCAGAGCACAUCGAGCUAUCGCUCUUAUUCGGUUCGUAAACAACCGCGAACCAGUAUUGCUCCUUCUUACUCCAGGCUCAGUUACUCGGGGCCAGUCAUCAGGUCCGGGACUGUAAGGCAGGUCAGGAGUAGCGUUCCAGGAACAGCCCUGGGCAACAGCCUGAAUUUCUCUGUGGUGGAUGCUCUGAACUCGGAAUUCAAGGUGAACCGCAGCAAUGAGAAAGCCGAGAUGAUUGAGCUGAAUGACCGUCUCGCCAGCUUCCUCGAUAAGGUGAGAGCGCUGGAGCAACAGAACAAGAUGCUGCUGGCCGAGUUGGAGCAACUGAAGGGUAAGCCCAGGUCCCGGAUGGGGGAUCUGUAUGAACAGGAGCUGAGAGAGCUGCGCCUGCAAAUCGAUCAGAUCAACAAUGAGAAAUCCCGUAUCGAGGUGGAAAGGGAUAACCUGGCCGACGAUCAGCAGAAGCUGAGGGAAAAAUUACAAGAUGAAAUUAUUCAGCGGGAGGAGGCCGAAAACAACCUGGCAGCUUUCAGACAGGAUGUGGAUGAUGCCUGUCUGGCACGCUUAGAUCUGGAACGUAAAGUUGAGUCACUGCAGGAAGAAAUUAUGUUCUUAAAGAAACUUCAUGAAGAGGAAAUUCGUGAACUGCAGGCUCAAAUCCAAGAUUCACAGGUCAAGGUUGAGAUAGAAGCGGUCAGACCUGACCUUACUGCAGCACUCCAUGAAGUUCGUUCUCAGUUUGAUAAACUUGCUGCUAAGAACAUUUCUGAAACUGAGGAAUGGUACAAGUCCAAGUUGGCUGAUGUGACUGAUGCUGCUUCUCGCAACAAUGAUGCUAUUCGCACGGCAAAACAAGAGAAUGGUGAAUAUCGCAGACAAAUCCAGACACUGACCUGUGAUAUUGAUGCACUUAAGGGAACAAAUGAAUCUCUUGAGCGCCAGAUGCAAGAAAUGGAAGAACGUUAUAUUUUGGAAGCAAAUAAUGCCCAAGACACCAUUGUCCGUCUUGAAGAUGACAUUGGUAACUUGAAGGAUGAGAUGGCUCGUCACUUGCAAGAGUAUCAGGAGUUACUGACUGUGAAGAUGGCUCUAGACAUUGAGAUUGCAACCUACAGGAAAUUGCUGGAGGGAGAGGAAAGCAGGAUUUCUAUGCCUGUGGCAUCAUUUGGUUCUCUAAGCCUUUCUGAUGCCAUCUAUGAGCAGCAGCCAACUGACAUGCAAAUGUCAAGGAAGAAUGUUUUAAUUAAAACCAUUGAGAGCAGAGGUGGAGAUAUAAUCAGCGAAACUACCCAGAGAAUUGAAGACUAAACCUGCUUUUCAGUCUGAAAAUGCUCUUUCAUGCGCAUGGAAGCUGAUGAUCUUUAAGAAAAAAACGCUUGACAAGAAUGUUGCUCCUCCUUUUAAUCAUCAAGAAGAAAACUGUUGGCUUUAAAGUGCCUUUCUGUAUCUAAUUGAAGAGUGUCAGGUUCAGUGAAGUUGUGUUGUAAGCUUUAUAGAAAAGCAAAUGGCUUUACAGAAGAAUUAUAUCACACUCUGUUUACAGAAAGUCACUAGUUUACAAUUGCACAGUGAUAAAUAGCAAUACUUCAUUCACUAGUUUUGAAUCUUUAUUUUCAGGUUCAGAAUCUCAAUUGCUUUUUUUUCCUCCCAGCAAUUAUGUGUAAGCAAGCUGCAAUAAAACUUUGAACAAA